GCGUCCCUCAAUGGCUCUCGCCUCCUCAGCAGCCCCCAGCCCUGCAACGGGAGCGGGAGCGGCGCCUGGCCCGGCCCGGGCGGGGAGCCCUGGGACCCCGAGGACUGGAACCUGACGGCCGAGGAGCUGCGGCUCAAGUACCUGGGCCCGCCGCAGAGCCGCCUCUUCGGGCCCAUCUGCGCCGCCUACGCGCUGAUCUUCGCCGUGGGGGCGGCCGGGAACGCCCUCACCUGCCUGGUGCUCCUUCGGCACCGCGCCCUGCGCUCGCCCACCCACGUCUACCUGCUCAGCCUGGCCGCGUCCGACCUGCUGCAGCUGCUGCUCGGGAUGCCGCUGGAGCUGUACGAGCUGCGCCACAACUACCCCUUCCCGCUGGGCGCCGGCGGCUGCCUCUUCCGCACGCUGCUCUUCGAGACGGUGUGCCUGGCGUCCGUGCUCAGCGUGACCGCCCUGGGCGUGGAGCGCUACGUGGCCGUGGUGCGGCCGCUGCGGGCCCGG